AUGAAUGUUCUGGUUUUAGGGCGGUUUUGCACUUCUCCGCUAUAUAAGACUUCCCCUCUCACUCCUUCCUCAAUACAAUUCACUCCCAUUAUUCUUCAUCCUUCAAAGCUCCAACCUUUGCCCGUAAUUCAUCUUUUCUCUCUCUCCAUGGCCACUUGCGUUGACGCCCCAACCCCUCUUUCACGCAACCCGAGGGCUCCUCAACCCGAUGACCAUUCUUUUAAUUAUAUCAAAUUCUGUCGACCCACUGACCGCGUCCCCUGCAUACCCAUUUGCAAGAAUCGAGAGAUGCCUUUCGCACGUGUGGAGGAGUUGGGUACACGUGGGGAGGGUGGUAUUGCUGUUCUUGAGUUUGAGCCUGUUGAUCUGUGGUUAAAGAUUCAAGAGGAGGCGAGGUUGGAUGUGGAUCAUGAACCUAUUUUGUCUAGCUACUAUUUCAGUUCCAUCUUGUCUCACAAAUCAUUGGAGAGUGCCUUGGCCAACCACCUCUCUACCAAUUUGAGCAGUUUGAGCCUUCCGAGCAGUACUCUUUUUGAUCUUUUCUUGGGUGUGUUGAUUGAUGAUGGUGGAGAUGACAUCAUAGGUGCUGUGAAGGAUGAUUUGGUAGCUGUUAAAGAGAGGGACCCUGCAUGCAUUAGUUAUGUGCAUUGUUUGUUGAAUUUCAAAGGGUUUCUUGCAUGUCAGGCUCAUAGGAUUGCUCACAAAUUGUGGCUUCAAGGGAGGACGGUUCUGGCUCUGUUGAUUCAGAACAGGGUGUCUGAGGUUUUUGCUGUGGAUAUUCACCCCGGUGCAAAAAUUGGACGUGGGAUUUUGUUGGAUCAUGCUACUGGGCUUGUGGUGGGGGAGACUGCAAUUAUUGGGAAUAAUGUCUCAAUUUUGCAUAAUGUAACAUUGGGAGGGACUGGUAAGGCAAGUGGGGAUAGACACCCUAAGAUUGGUGAUGGGGUGUUGAUAGGUGCAGGGACUUGUAUUUUGGGAAAUAUUCAGAUUGGUGAUGGGGCUAAAAUUGGUGCUGGUUCUGUGGUGUUGAAGGAUGUUCCACCAAGGACUACUGCAGUUGGCAACCCUGCUAGGUUGGUUGGAGGGAAGGACAAUCCUAUUAGAUUGGAUAAGAUGCCUAGUUUUACCAUGGACCAUACUUCAUAUAUCUCUGAAUGGUCUGAUUAUGUUAUCUAG